UCAUGGAAAUUCUUGCAAAAUAUCUCGCCCCUGAGGUCUUUUAUUUACUUGUGUGGCAGCAGUGUGAAAUGUGAAUUCCUGUUUUGCAACGAAGUCUCGCCGUGGCUUCGUUUUCCUUUGUGGACCGUUCUUUGGCAGUGAAAGGGACCCAAGCAACGUGCUCUGUCCUUGCCUUCAGAGCUAGAUGACACAUGACAGUGAAGACCAAGACCCGGGAGCCCGUCGCCCAGAACUCCAGAAGCAAAAAUAGUCUCCCUGCCAUCUAGCUAAGCAACUCCAUCCACCUCAGAUCCACAAGCUCUGCUUUCGGAACCCAAAAUCUCUGAACCUCAACCAGUUCCUCCUCUUCCAGCGCGUGUUUGGGGAUCGGAUCAUUGCACUGGCACUGAGUUGGAACUAAUCAAGAUCUGCUGGAUCUUGAGCCCCAAAAAACCAUUUUGUGAUUGCAACCAUUGCUGCGUUUCAAUAUUUGGAGAUGGAGUAGGCGAAAGCAGCUGAUCAUCCAGACUCCCCAGUGAGCGCCUGCGCCGCGCACGCUCAAGGACUUCACCAGAGGCUCAAAACGAGAAUCUCUGCAGUAUGAGUGGAGUGGAGGCUGCUUUAGCGUCUGGAGUGUUGAAGACUGCUGGUGGCAAGUUAGUUUCACUAAUAGCCAGUGAGUUUACUUCCAUAACAGGUGUGAAGAAAGACCUCUGUGAGCUCCAGGGAAAACAUCACAGUUCGUGACUACUUCUGUGCAAAACCAAAAUCAUUACUGUUCAGAUGCAAGGUGGCUAGUAAGAUCAAGGCAAUCAAGGUGAAAUAUGAGAAGAUUGUGAAGCAGGCAAGCGAUGCCAACAUUAUAAGGAACAAUUUACAAAUGGAUCAUCCUCCUCGGAGCAGCAACACCAGGACUGCUGGAGAGCCCUCCAUGCUAUCUAAUGUUGAAGACUCCAAAAUACCAAGAAGAGAUCAGGAGAAGGAUGAAAUUGUAAGUAAGAUUUUAGAACCUAAUGAAAGGGAGGAUGGCAGAACGGUAGUAUCUAUUGUUGGAUUAGGUGGGUCUGGCAAAACUACUUUGGCCAAACAAAUCUGCCAUGACAAGAAGAUAAAGGAGAACUUCAAAGAUAUGAUAUUCUGGGUCUAUGUGUCUCAAGAAUUUGAUGGAAACAAGCUUAUUGGCUAGCUAUUUGAAGCUAUCAUUGAGGAAAAAUCUGAUCUUCAUGUUCAACAGAAAAUGCUCCGUGAAAUUUCAAACAAGUUAAGUGGUAAGAAGUUUCUUCUUGUCCUGGAUGAUGCAUGGCAUCAGAACAAGCAAGACUGGGAAAAACUCAUGGUGCACCUAAAGAGUGGUGCAGUUGGAAGCAAGAUUUUGCUCACUACUCGUGAUAGGAAGGUUGCAGAAAUUGUGAAAUCAAGGCAUAUAUUCAAGCUAGGGAUGUUAUCAGAGGCUGAGAGUUGGAGCUUGUUCCUAAAGAGCUCUGGGUGGGUAGAGGAGGAUUUAGGCUCUGAUUAUAUAAAAGUUGGAAAAGUGAUCCUGAACAGAUGUAGUGGGGUGCCUCUAGCAAUCAGAACACUUGGAGGUAUCCUCUAUGAAAACAAGGAAAUAAGUAUUUGGAGAGCCAUAGGACGGAGUGAUUUAUGGACUGAUGAGAGUAUAGAAGACAGAGUGUUCGCUUCCUUGAAAUUGAGCUUCAUUCACCUGCCAGAUGAACUAAAGCAGUGCUUCACACUUUGCUCUAUAUUCCCGAAGGGAACAGAAAUCUACAAAGAUCGUUUGAUUUCCCAAUGGGUAGCCCAUGGAUUCAUCAAUUCGAUGAAUGGAAUGCAGCCAGAAGAUAUCGGAAGUGGCUACUUUGAUUCUCUUGUAAAAGUUGGCUUUCUUCAGGAUCCUUCUAAGGACUGGGAUACUAAACAGCUAGUAUGCAAGAUGCACGAUUUGAUUCAUGAUCUCAGUCGACACAUACUGCAGGAUGAAGUGGUGACUUGUCUACCGAAUAAUAUGAUAGCAAACCGCACUCAGAGGUGCAGAUACUUAUCAUUGACUUCAUGUCCCGAGAAGGUUCAUAGGAAUUCAUUUCACAAGGCCCAUGCUCUCUUUAUCUCUGGAGGUAAUCCAAUAUUUGAUAAACCAGUUAAGACGAGCUCCAGUGUCCGCAGUGUUGUUCUGCACUACACAGAAAACACUCCAUUUCCUCAAUUUACACUGAAAUUUGAAUAUAUCGGAUAUCUUGAAAUUCAUAACCUUGAUUGCACAAAAUUUCUAGAAGCCAUCUCAAGUUGUUGGAACUUGCAGUCACUUCAUUUAAUCAGGUGCAAAGGUCUUGUUGCAUUACCAGAAUCUAUUGGCAAGCUUAAGAAGCUCCGAAUUCUAGAGUUGAAUUUUGCUUAUGAUCUUGACAGUUUACCUCAGUCAAUUGGUGAUUGUCGAGACCUUCAAUCCUUGAUUCUGUAUCAUUGUGCAAAAUUGAGAGAGAUACCUGGCACCAUAUGUAAAAUUAAAAACCUGAGGGGCCUUCAUAUAUCUCGGUGUUCAUUUCUGAAACAAUUUUCGUCAGAAUUCGCGGGGGUGUUCAGCAACUUGCAGACAAUCAACUUAACUGAUUCUAGAGUGUUUCAGGGGCUGCCAAGCACAUUGUCAUGUCCACUGUUGUGUACACUUGAUCUUUCUAAAACCAGAGUUACCUUGCUACCUCCAUGGAUUACUACAAUUGAUACUCUAGAGUGUAUAAACCUUGAAUUUUGCUUUGAGCUAGUGGAGCUGCCAAAAGGUAUAGGUAACUUGAAAAGACUUGCAGUUUUGAACAUAAAUGGUUGCACCAAACUGCGUUGCAUGCCGUCAGGUAUUGGACAGCUGACCCGUUUAACACAGCUGGGCUUGUUUGUUGUCGGGUGUGAUAGAGAUGAUGCGAGAAUCUCGGAGCUUGAAAAUCUUGAUAUGCUAAGUGGUGAAUUGGAAAUUAGAAACAUUAAGUACGUGAAGGAUCCAUGUGAUACUGAGAAGGCUUGCUUGAAACAAAAGAAUGGCAUAAAGAAUCUGGUUUUGGACUGGUCUUUGAGUAAAGGAGAAGAGUUAGCUUCAGAUGUGGAACAAGAGCAGGGUGUGCUGAGUGGUCUUGAACCACCAUCGCAAAUUGAGAGCUUGGUAAUUCGUCGUUACCAAGGUCCUUGUUUGCCACGGUGGUUGAUGGAGCAGAAUGGUUCUACAUACUCUGAAGGCACUACGUUAAAGCAAACAGGUCCUUGUCAGUACCCGUCUUUAACCCGUCUGGAACUAUUUCGUUCUCCCAACUUGAAGCAUAUGCGAGGACUUAUGAGAUUUCCUUCGCUGAAGUCCCUCAAACUGUCGGAAAUGGCAAGUUUAGAGGAGCUGUGGACUAUAGCAAGCGGUAUAGAAAUUCAAGAGGUGGAAUUAAGUGCACAAUAUUGCUUUCCAAUCCUAUCCAAACUAUACAUAGAGAACUGCCCGAAAUUGAGUACUGUGAAGCCAUACUUGCCACCAUGGCUGGAGGAGCUGUGUUUGCUUGAAAGCAACUUGCAGCUGUUAUCCCCAAGUAACUUCUCUCGUCUGCUUCCAUCACCUUCCAAUGAAUCCUCAUCGUCCAGCAGCCUGCACUCAGCAGUCCCUCACCUCUCGUCUAGCUUCCCUCGAUCGAUAGAGCAGCUAACGUCACUCACCAAGCUGAAAAUUGGAUGCUGGGACAAUCUGAAGCUACUGCCUGAUGCAAUUCAGCACCUCACCUCCCUUGAAUCUCUCGAAUUGAUAUGUUGCCGUGCGCUGGUCGAGCUGCCAGAGGGCAUCGGGCAACUAUCUGCGCUUCGGUGGCUUCUCAUCAAUGAUUGCUCUGCUCUUCAGUGCCUGCCUCAGUCCAUCCAACACUUACCUGCUCUCCAGAGUUUGGAAAUUUACAACUGCCCUGCUUUGGCGAGUCGUUACAAGCAAGGAGUGGGGCCGGACUGGCACCUUGUCUCACACAUCCCUCACGUGUCGAUAUAUCCAGAGGAGCAGGGGUGGAGGACUCGGUAUCCCUCACUCCUACCCUUCCUCAAUUUGAAUCCUUUUGUCCCGGUUGGGGUUACCGACCAGGACAAAAUGUCCCUUUUUUUAAUGUUUUUCUUUUUCAAUUCUUUUUCUAUUUUAAUUAUACUUUUGCGUUUCAAUUAAACUUAUGUAUUGGAAUUUAGUGUGUAUGAUCUCCACUAAUAUAUAUAUAUAGUUACUUAU